CAGUGUGGAGGUUGUUUCUUUCAACGGUGCUAGGCCUAGCUGGCGUACGGGGUAACUCAAUAUCGGGUGCCUGCACUGCUAUCGCCCUAAACGAUCUCCCUCUCCAGAGCACGAUUGGCGUGGUGUCGCGAUGGAUUCCCCUGUGAUUAUGGAUCCGCAGCUGCUGAUGGCUGCACGAUCUGGUGCGUGCAAGGCGCUUGAGAAUCUUCUCGUCAACCAUGAGGAGGCGGCUGCUGAAUCCCAUCUCGUCAUCCGCAUGCCGGAGGAGGGAGCUUCAAAUACUAGUAGUACUAGUAGUGAUCUAGCUCAACAAGGUCAACCUGCAAAUCGUCCAGCAGCAGCGUCGCCUCUCCUGGAAGGGUUGACUCUUGAUUCGGACCAGGAUUCGGCCCUCCAUGUGGUGGCCACCUCCGGCGACGGCGAGCAGUACGUGCAGUGCGCGGAGAUGAUCCACGGCAGGGCGAGGCACCUGCUAGGCGCGACCAACAACAGAGGCGACACGCCUCUGCACUGCGCCGCCAGAGCCGGGCACCAUGCCAUGGUCUGCCGUCUCAUCUCGUUGGCCGCGCACGAGGGCGGCGCCGCCAACGGACGGAUCCUGAGCACCAGGAACAAGCUCGGGGAGACGGCGCUACACGGCGCGAUCCGCGGCGGCAACAGGAUGGUGGUGGAGAGGCUCGUGUCGGAGGAUCCGGAGCUGGCCAGGAUUCCGGAGGAUCGUGGCAUCGGCGCCUCGCCGCUGUACCUCGCCGUUUCGCUGGGGCGCUUGGAGAUUGCACGGGACCUGCUUGAUAGAAGUCCUACAACAUUGUCAUACUCUGGGCCUGAAGGCCAAAACGUGCUGCAUAUCUCGGUAUACCGCGGCGAAGCGCUGUCUAUACUGUUAGACAAGUGCAAGGAUGUUAAGGUCAACAUUGAUCAGGGAGGCCGGUAUAGGAGUAUGCCUGUUCUCUUACACCUUACUAGUCAAGGCGACAAAAAUGGGAGCACUCCGCUUCACUUCGCUGCAUCGCUGAAAACUAGUACCACAGGUUUGUCAAGAUGGUCUGAAUAUUUCCAUCCGAAACCAAGUCCAACCACGCUGCUGCUUGAUGCCAAUGAAUCUGCUAUGUACCAACCGGAUAACGGAGGAUCAUAUCCUAUACAUGUUGCUGCCUCCAAUGGGACGCUCAAGGCUGUCAUAACCUUGCUCGGAAGGUCCCCUGGCUGCAUCGCAUUGCGGAACAUGCAAGGAAAGACUUUCCUCCACGUUGCUGUGGAGAAGAAGAGGCAUAGUAUUGUUGCAUUUGUGUGCAAAAGGCCCGAACUUGCAUCUGUGUUAAAUGUGCAGGACAACCAGGGGGAUACCGCGCUGCACCUUGCUGUCAAAGCUGGACUUGUCUCAAUUUUCAACCUCUUGUUUCGGAAUAGGGAGGUGAGCUUGAAUUUACCAAACAAAGACGGGCUGACACCUCGUGAUCUUUCAUGGAUUAUGAUUCCUGCAAGAUUCUACUAUAAAAAGAAUUCACGAGGUAUGAUACACCAAUCAUUAGCACUUGCCAGAGCUCCAGUUGGUCACAGUCGCCAGGACCACUUCUAUGAGAAGCAUUCAAAGAGGAGGGAUGAAGAAAUCGAUUCAGAGUACUUGACGAACGCAACUUCAGUUCUCGGCAUUUCAUCUGUUCUGAUUGCAACGGUGACAUUUGCAGCAGCUUUCACGUUACCUGGGGGAUACAGAGCAGACGACCACGCGAACGGCGGGACACCGACGCUUGCUGGGAGCUACUCCUUCAACGCAUUCAUCACCGCAAACACGCUAGCAUUCAGUUGCUCUCUGCUAGCUACCGUCAGCCUGCUCUACUCUGGGAUGCCGUCGCGGGAGAUCUCCAUCCGCUACGUAUACCAGUCCCUAUCGUUGGUCAUGAUGCGGAGCUCAGCUACAAGCCUGGUCGCCGCCUUCGCCUUGGGCAUGUACGUCGUGCUAGCUCCCGUUGCUCUCACCAUGGCAAAGUCUGUCUGCGCCAUCACUUUUCUCUCCUUCUUGUCUGCAUGUAUGGAGGUCCGGAGGCCCCUUAUCGUGGCAAACUCGGUGCGUAUUAGAGUUGGAAUCUGGGCAGCGAGGUAUCAAGCAGCGCCAGUCCUAAAAUUCAUCGGGAAAAGAUUCUGGUCCUAUGUAAUUAUCUUUGGCUUGCCGGCGGUGUUGAAGAUUCGUGGAACCCAAUGACUUUGUGUAAUUAUCUUAUCUGCUAAUAAGAUUAUCUUUCGCCGGGCUCUGCCUCUGUUAAUGAGACUAGAUGAGAUAAAGGCAUUUUUGCAAAAUAGAAGCAUAUGCAAGAUACAAUAUGUCCAAAACAUUGUAUUCACAUGUUAAACAAAAUAUAUAAUGGGCUGAGGGAAAAAGUUGCAGCAAUCAUCAA